AUGGUUCUGCUAUUGCCAGCGCUGAGGCAGCCGAGCCCGCUGUGGGCUGUAGAGCGGGAUGUGGCGCGCGCCGUGGAGCUGCUGGAGCGCUUGCAGCGAAGUGGGGAACUGCCCCCCCACAAACUGCAGGCUUUGCAGCGGGUUCUGCAGAGCAAGUUCUGCUCAGCCAUCCGUGAGGUCUAUGAGCAGCUCUAUGACACUCUGGAGAUCGCGGGCAGCGCCGAGAUCCGGGCCCAUGCCACAGCCAAGGUACAGCCCCCCCGGGGACCCCCCACCCCGAGAGCCGGGCCUGGGCACCGCCCCCCCUGGGGACCCCCGAGAGCCGGGCCUGGGCACCGCCCCCCCUGGGGACCCCCGAGAGCUGGGCCUGGGCACUGCCCCCCCCGGAAGCCCCCCAGCCCGAUAGCCGGGUCCAGGCACCGCCCCCCCCAGGGACUGCCAGUUCUGAGCACCACCCUCCCCUUGAGAGCCAGGCCCAGGCACCGCCCUGCCCCGGGGACCCUCGAGAGCCACGCCCAGCUACCGCCCCCUCGGGGACCCCCCCACCCCCAAAACCCAGGCCUAG